UUGUGAUGGGAUGCGGGCAGCAGGAGAUUCGGGUCUGCACAACAACUCAAAGCGCUCUUUGAUUCCUCCAGUGUCAGAAGGUGUCAGAGCGUCCACGUAUUUUGACGACGUCGCGCUUAAGUCAAGAUCAAAGAACGUACGAUAAUAAAAACAACGUUCGAUUGGAUCACGUGCGCUUUUGUUUGGAAGAACUCGAUUGUUUCUGUUGUUGUUGUUGUUUUUGUUGUUUUAAUUAGUAGUUAUGAACACGUUGAACACUGUGCCUAUAACGGCGACGGCGGCGGCGAGCGUCGCGGCGGCUGCGGUCGCUUCCAUCCACAAUUUGAGCCACAGCCAGGUUUCUGGUGGUGCAGCAGCAGCCGCAGCAGCAUCUUCUGGAAGCGGUGAUCUUGGGACGACGCUGGACAAGACGGAAAUCAACGAUGCCGUCACCAAAGUGCUGAAAGGAUACGAUUGGACGCUCGUACCGAUCGCCACCAAGGCAUCGUCGGACAAGAGGAAAUUGCACGUGAAGAGACCGAUGAAUGCUUUUAUGGUUUGGGCGCAAGCUGCAAGACGGAAAUUGGCCGAACAAUAUCCGCAAUUGCACAACGCUGAACUAUCAAAAACCCUUGGAAAACUGUGGAGGGUGCUGAGCGACAACGACAAGAAGCCGUUCAUCGAGGAGGCGGAAAGGUUGAGGGUCAUCCACAAACGCGAGCAUCCGGAUUACAAGUAUCAGCCGAGGCGUAGGAAGCAGAACAAAAGUCCGGCAGGAUCGGAUCAAAGUGGCGGUGGACAUCAAGGUGGAGGAAAUCACGGACCCAACAUGACGUUCAGGUCGUUGAAGCAGGAGGAUUCUCCGAUGAGUUUGAGGAGCAACUCGACGUCUCCGUCGAGCUGCGAUCCGCACAGUCCGCCAGCGAAUCACCAGCAAAUCAGGACGCCCUCGUGUCUGGAUCAGAGUCCGGCCGUGGAUUUCGGUGACAUCGAGCAGGCGUCCUUCAUUCCCGACGACCUCGACAGCAACGAUCUCGAUCAGUAUUUGGAGAACGGGAACGGCAUGUACCACCAUCAGAACUACCAGAGCUACAGGCAACAGCAUCAGCAUCAGGAAGACGUCGAAACGAACAAUAAUCAUCAUCAUCAGCAACACCACCAUCACCAUCACAGCAUCAGCAAAGCGAAAGGGUUGCAGACGCAGCAGGAUUACGCGUCGCGAUACCACGAACUCCAACCGAGCGCCUCGUCGAUCAUCAAGAACGAACGUUUCCCAUCGCCCACCGAGCAGAUCUACUAUCCACCCAACCUUGUCGCAACAACCAACAACUUCUACUCAUCCGCAACCCCGUACUUACCCCCGUAUCAGUAUUUGCCGCAGAAAUCGCCCGUCUUCAACGCACCCGUCAACUCCUACCAGGUGGACACGACGCCAUCUCUCGAAUGGAACGGCUACAUCUAAUCAAAAAA